AUGGUGGUGGUGCUGAAGUUAGAUCACGCGAACCUCCAAAAGGAACGUACUAUUUCAAAACCGGUGGCACAACCUAGGCGAGUUAAACCGCGACAGCCUAAGGAACAUGUAUAUGAAGAACUGCGUCCGAAUUUGCCGCCAAAACCUAUGAUUGAAAAAAGUACUGUUAUGAUUGAACAAGAUGAGUUUGAUGGUGCUACACAAAUAUCAAGGAAGAAAGAGAUCACAAUAUUACUGUUGGGCGAGACAGGUGUGGGAAAGUCCACAUUCAUUAACGCAUUGGUAAACUAUUUGUCGUUUGAAAGUCUGGAUGCGGCCAAUGGUCAGCCCAUAUGUUUAAUUCCGACACGGAUACCUGUGAGGGUAGUACUGGGUGAACAGGAUAUGAAUGAAAAUACCGAUGAUCCGACUAAAUCUGCCACACAAUAUCCCAAAUGCUAUAAGUUUCAAGAUGAUAAUAUUGUGCUCAAUAUAAUCGAUACGCCGGGAAUUGGAGAUACAGAGGGCAUGGAUCAGGACAAUAAAAAUAUGCAAAAUAUAUUAAACUUCAUAAGUAAUUAUAAGGAAAUAAAUGCUUUUUGCGUACUUUUAAAACCAAAUGAAGCGAGACUUGAUAUACUUUUCAACACUGACUACUUGCCCGGGGAUUCCGGUCCCGCUUUACUCAAUAUGUUAAAGCAAAUCCGGGAAAGACCGCCAAAUGUUGACAUCCCUUAUAACAAAAAUACAAUCUAUUGUUUCGAUUCCGAGUCCUUUCGAUAUCUCGUGGCUUCGGUUCCGCCAAAUAAUAUUGAAUUUGACCCGAGAUUUAAGUCAACUUAUAUUGAAAGUUGGGAUCGAUCUGUGGAUGAAUGCCGGCGCCUAUUGGACCACAUAAUACAAUUGCCGGCACACAAAGUGAUGGACACCCUAUCACUCAAUAACGCCAAACAAAUCAUACAAAUAAUAACCAAACCGUUGGCCGACAUCACGAAGAAUAUCGCGGAAAACGUUAAGCAAUGCGAAAGACAUAAACGGCGGGCUAGAGAGCAGCACAAAUCGGGAACCGGUCACAAACCAGAGCACAUACCUAACGUUGAAUUAAUAUACACAUCAUUACGUCAUCCCAAAACAGUUUGCAAUAAUAUUCAAUGCUCUACCAUUACGGUGAUUGACGAUAUGCCUAGAGCAAAUUACAACACCGGCAAACCGUGCCAUUCACCAUGCUACCUCGAUUUUAACGAUUGUAAUAUUAUGGGCAGUAAAUCACUGCUCGGGUGCCGUGCGUUCAAUAAAUACGGCAACAAAGAUCAUUAUCGUGAUAAGUUUAAAAAGUCAAAUAAGGAUCCAGUUACCAGGGUUAUUAGUAAAGCUAUAGGCAAGGUGACUAAGUCCGAUUUUUGUCGUAAAUGCGGCCAUAGUUACCGAGAGCAUUUAACUCUUACGUACGAGACAAGCGACAAGUUGGGCACAGUUCCCGCAGAGACCUCUAACGCUCGGCCUUUACCAUCACUACCCGUGUCGGGAACCGAUGGUCUGGAAGCAGUGGUCAGAUGUCUGGACAAACGCAUUGCCGAAUUGAAUGCCGAAAAUAAGACAAUCAUUAACUCUAUGGCAAUGUUUGCCUGUUUUUUGGCCAACAAUACGUUGACCGCCUGUCCGGACGCCUUCGACGACUACAUCCAGCACUUGAUGGCCAUUGAAUCGCGCGGUACUGACCGUCACAGUCGGGCAACUGUCGCCUGGUUUGAGCAGUUGUUGCAUAAUUACCGACAUACAAAAUUGGCCAUAAUGAAUAACCAACCCGAGGGGGCUAUGAUUACUGUUGUGAAUACUUGA